AUGGGCAGAGCGCCGGCACACACUCUGCUACUGUCGAUGGUGCUGGGCUGCUCGGCUGCCUUCACGGACCUCCUGCUGCCAGGCCCUGAAGAGCCGGUGGUCAACGUGGCCGUGGUGUUUGGGGGCACGUCCUACCCCCUGCACAUCCGCUCCCGCUUGAGUCCCCAGAGCUUCCUGGACAUGCCCUUGGAGAUCCACCCCAUCACCGUCAUCGUCAACAACACCAACCCCAGCACCCUCCUCACCCAGAUCUGCGACAUCCUUGCCAGCCACAAGAUCCACGGCAUCGUCUUUGAGGACAACGUUGGCACGGAGGCUGUAGCCCAGAUCCUUGACUUCAUCUCCUCCCAGACCCAGGUCCCCGUCAUCAGCAUCAGUGGGGGGUCUGCAGUGGUCCUGACCCCGAAGGAGCCUGGCUCGGCUUUUCUGCAGUUGGGUGUCUCCAUCGAGCAGCAAAUCCAGGUGAUCUUCAAGGUGUUGGAGGAAUACGACUGGGGCUCCUUUGCUGUCAUCACUAGCCUCUACCCAGGCUACAACAUCUUCCUGGACGUCAUCCGCUCCUUCACAGACGCCAGCUACUUCGGCUGGGAGCUGCAGGAGGUGCUCACCUUUGAGAUGAGCCAGGAGCGGAGCAGCUCCAGGACGCAGCGGCUCCUGCGGCAGAUCGAUGCCCAGGUCAUCGUUGUCUACUGCUCACGGGAGGAGGCUGAGUACCUCUUUGCCAUGGCAGAGCAAGCUGGCCUUGUGGGGCCAGGCUAUGUCUGGAUCGUGCCCAGCCUGACAGUGGGCAACAUGGAGGUGCCACCUGCCUCCUUCCCCGUCGGCCUCAUCAGCGUGGUGACGGAGAGCUGGAAGCUGAGCCUGCGGCAGAAGGUGCGGGAUGGGGUGGCCAUCAUUGCCAUGGGGGCGGCCAGCUUCUUCCGGGCCCACGGCUACCUCCCAGAGGUGGGACGGGACUGCCAGGCCCCUGCUGGGGCCACCACCACCAACAUCAGCUUCUACCGGCACCUCCUCAACGUGACGUGGGAGCACAGGGACUUCUCCUUCAAUGAAGGCGGCUACCUGAUCAGGCCCACCAUGGUGGUGAUCUCGCUCAACCAGCACAGGCUCUGGGAGAUGGUCGGCAAGUGGGAGAAAGGCAUCAUCCACAUGAAGUACCCGGUGUGGCCCCGCUAUGGCUCCUUCCUGCAGCCCGUGGCCGACACCCGCCACCGGACAGUGGCCACGCUGGAGGAGAGACCCUUUGUCAUCGUGGAGAACACAGACCCUAGCACCGGGGUCUGCGUGCGCAACACCGUGCCCUGCCGCAAGCAGACCAACUCCUCCCAGAGUGGCGAUGGCCUCGUGGAUCCCUACACCAAGCUGUGCUGCAAGGGCUUCUGCAUCGACAUCCUGAAGAAGCUGGCCAAGGCGGUGAAGUUCUCCUAUGACCUCUACCUAGUGACCAAUGGCAAACAUGGCAAGAUUGUCCGCGGGGUCUGGAACGGCAUGAUUGGUGAGGUGUACUACAAGCGCGCAGACAUGGCCAUUGGCUCCCUUACCAUCAACGAGGAGCGCUCCGAGAUCGUGGACUUCUCCGUGCCCUUCGUGGAGACAGGCAUCAGCGUCAUGGUGGCCAGGAGCAAUGGCACCGUCUCCCCCUCUGCCUUCCUGGAGCCGUACAGCCCAGCCGUGUGGGUCAUGAUGUUCGUGAUGUGCCUCACCGUGGUGGCCGUCACUGUCUUCGUGUUUGAGUAUUUCAGCCCCGUCGGCUACAACCAGAACCUCACCAGCGGCAAGAGGCCGGGAGGUCCCUCCUUCACCAUUGGCAAGUCGGUGUGGCUGCUGUGGGCUCUGGUCUUCAACAACUCGGUGCCCAUCGAGAAUCCCAAGGGCACGACUAGCAAGAUCAUGGUGCUCAUCUGGGCCUUCUUCGCUGUCAUCUUCCUCGCCAGCUACACCGCCAACCUGGCUGCCUUCAUGAUCCAGGAGCAGUACAUCGACACCGUGUCGGGGCUGAGCGACAGGAAGUUUCAGAAGCCGCAGGAGCAGUACCCCCCCUUCCGCUUCGGCACUGUCCCCAACGGCAGCACCGAGAGGAACAUCCGCAGCAACUACCCCGACAUGCACACCCACAUGGUGAAGUACAACCAGCGCUCCGUGGAGGACGCCCUCACCAGCCUCAAAAUGGGGAAGCUGGAUGCCUUCAUCUAUGACGCGGCGGUGCUCAACUACAUGGCGGGCAAGGAUGAGGGCUGCAAGCUGGUGACCAUCGGCAGCGGGGAGGGGGUUGCCACCACUGUGCUUGGGGAGAUGAUGCCCAGGGAAGGGGCAUUUUCACCCCCUGACCAAUUUGUGUAUAUGGCCUCAGGAGAGACCCAGAAGCUGGAGACGGUUUGGCUGUCGGGGAUCUGCCAGAAUGAGAAGAACGAGGUGAUGAGCAGCAAGCUGGACAUCGACAACAUGGCCGGGGUUUUCUACAUGCUGCUGGUGGCCAUGGGGCUGAGCCUGCUGGUCUUUGCCUGGGAGCACCUCGUCUACUGGAAGCUGCGUCACUCUGUCCCCAAGUCCCACAAGCUUGACUUCCUCCUGGCCAUCAGCAGGGGCAUCUACAGCUGCUUCAGUGGGGUGCAGACCCUGGGGAGCCCCGGGCGGGCACCUACGCCUGAUGUCACUGCGAGCUCGGCCCAGGCCAACGUGCUGAAGAUGCUGCAGGCGGCCAAGGAGAUGGUGUCGACGGCCAGCGUGGGUGGCUCACUGGAGCAGGCCACCCGCACCAUCGAGGACUGGAGCAGCCGCAGCGAGCGCCUCCAGACCACCUUCUCCCUCAGGACACCCCAGCUUGUGGUGCAGAACAGCACCGGCGCCUACCGGGCCCCCUCCUCCGGCCCGGCCCCUGCCGAGAGGCUAGGGAGAGCCUACACUCCCAAGGGUGCUCCCCCAGGGCUCCCGCUGCCCCAGCCCGUCCCAGUGGACUCCCGCCUGCCCAGGGAGGAGAAGUGGAGAGGGGCGAAUGAGCACGUCCCCCGCAUCCUCCACCCGCUGAAGUUUCGGGGUGGCUGUGUGGGGGAUGAAGCCCUCCCUGCUUUCCCCCACCUCCUCGUGAAGACUUCCCCUGGGGGGGAUUUUGGGGAGCAGGCACUGGUGGGGAACCACAUUGGGGCUCCCCUCCCGCCCCCCACGGACUCAAAAGGCCAUGUCCAGGUCAUUAAAGAGACAUUUUUCAACCAGCUGGGGACCCUUCUUCCAUCCGCCGGCGAUGAGCCCGGGGCUGCCCUUGGCUUUACCCUCUGUCACGGGGAUGCUCGUGGUCCUGUGCACCCCCCGGCUCGCAUCCCUUUAGUGCUGAGCCCCGGCACAGGCUUGUCCCACCAGCAGCAGCCAGGCAAUGGAAAAUGGCAACUCAUUAAACUGCGCUGCGGGAUCAUUGCGAAGGAGCUGUCAGCCUGGGCCGAGGCUGGAGCUGAGCUCUGA